CAGAGUACAACCUUCUCUUAUUUUUAAGAGUUCAUAACAAGCAUAGAUCGCGCUUAUAGGUAAUCACGUAUCUGCAAAAUGCAGAACGAUGACAUCACUUGGAAUAUCUUGCGCAAAGGACAGUGCGCGUAUAAAGCUUGGACGAAGCCAACGUUAUUUUGUCGGAAUGAGUUCAAUUUGACGGGUUUGUGCAAUCGAGCGUCGUGUCCGCUAGCAAAUUCUCAAUAUGCAACUGUUAGGGAAGAAAACGGAGUAUGCUACCUAUAUAUGAAAGUAGUUGAAAGGAGUCAUUAUCCUCGAAGGUUGUGGGAAAAAAUCAAAUUAUCAAAGGAUAUGAACAAGGCCUUGGAACAAAUAAGUGACAAUUUGCUUCACUGGAGUGAAUAUGUACGGCAUAAAUGUAAGGCUAGGUUGAUUCGAAUCCAUCAAUACUUGAUACGAAUGAGGCGCAUGGCUCUGAAGGGAACACAAAAGAAGAUCAUACCUAUUGCACGAAAAGUUGAGCGGCGUGAGAAGCGUCGAGAAGAGAAAGCACUGGUUGCGGCAAAGCUUGACAAAGCCAUCGAGAAUGAGCUUCUUUCGCGAUUACGGCAAGGAACGUAUGGGGAUAUUUAUAACUUCCGACAAGAAGCAUUUGAACAAAUGUUAGACGAAAAUGAGACAACUCUGGAGCAAGAACAGGAAGUGGAAGUGGAGGAUGAUGAGGAUGUUGGCCGAGUCACUUACGUAGCAGAUUUGGAGUCAUCAGAUGAUGAAGAUAUGGAAGAUAUUGAAGAUACAGCAGGAGGACACUGGACUCCGCCUGACACUGACAGUGAAGACGACGAUUGGCAACGACCACAAGAGGGUGGUGAGGAAGAAUAUGCAGAGGACGAAGAUAUGAGCGAAGGUGAAGAGGUUGGGGAGCCACCAGUGAAGAAGUCGAAAAAGAAGAAGAGCAAGAAGGAGCCGAAACCUGGAAAGGCUCCAAAGAGACGACGGCCUCAUGUCGAAAUUGAAUAUGAAGAUGAAACAGAAGUACGGCAAAAGCUCAAGGCGUGAUUGGAAGAAGUUUCUCAUAUUUUUAUGUUAUUGUGCUUGUUAUGGUUUCAUUGUUCUGUUGGUCCUGUUACAUCUAUAUUUAUGGUCGUUUCGUUUGAAGGUUGCUCUUUUCCUUGACCGUUGUUAAAUUCAGUGCAGUUGUUAUGAAG